AUGAGUUAUCAUAACAAUUCAAGUUUUUUCGAAACAAGUCAAAAAUCUUAGAAAAUUCUAGACAGACUUAUGUCUGCCUUAUCUAAUUAGGAUCAAGAUCAAUCAUAUUAUGAUAUGAAAUAAAUAUUAGAUGAAUUGAAUAAUGAUCAAUUCGAAAAACAAAAGGAAUAAACUGAGGAAAUUAAGAUAGUUUUUACUCCACAUAAGUGUUAAAAGAUAGCUGAGAUUGAAAAAGAAUUAGAAAAUUUAAUGAUUCAAAUUACCAACAUGUAAGUAUGUGAUUCUGUCCUGUACUAAUCGACCUUAUAGAAAAUAAAACAGGUCAGAAAGGUGAUAACUCAAAUUGUAGACAAGUAUUUUGCUAAUUUGAAAAACCAAUACAAUUUUGUGGCUAAUGAAUUAGUAUAAAUUCAUUUAGCGCCAAUAAAGUAACAAAUUUUCUAGUUGAGAAAAGAUAUUCCAAAUUAUGAAGAAGCACAAUACAAUGAAGUUCUUGAAAGGCAUGAAUAAAUUAAAGAAGAUUUGCAUUAACUCCGCUCACUACUACCCAAGGAAAUUAAUCUAUAAAUUACAAACCAAUCAUUAUAUGAUAUUAAAGACUCAUUGUAUAAGCUAAUAUCACUGAAAUUUAAAGAUCAAUUUAAAAUAGUUCCAAGUACCUUUAGUGGUUUUAAAUAAUAGAAGAAGAAUUUAUUAACAUUGAAAAGCAAGACUGGACAUUUAAAGUUUUAAGAAUAAUAAAAUAGCAUCUACACAUUUAGGAAUAAUACCAUAUAUCAUUCUCAUAUAGAUUACAUCGAUAACAUCAAAUAGUAAGAGUUAGUAUUAAAUGAUGAUAACUUUCGACUCACCUAUUGCAAUUUGAUUAAUACCAACUAAAGCUUGUAUUUUAUAGGAUAAUUUUAUUAAGACAUCAAUACUAAAUAAUUCAAAAUAAGUCAAAUGGUAACCAAAUACAACAAGUAAGAAAAUAAAAUAGAGAUGAUGUCAGAAUUACCGAUAAUUAGUUAUGGUGGAUAGGCCAUCAAAUAAGGCUAAUUUAUAUAUUAUUGGGGAGGCUAUAUAUUGGUUGACAAUGUAUCGAUUGGAAACAAGAAAGGUUUCAAAUACUUGAUUAAUGGGAAUAAGUGGGAGCAAAUAGAAUCGAUGAAGUAUCCAAGGAUCAAAGGGUAGUGCUGCUUAUUAGAUGAAAAGAUAUGCAUUACAGGUGGAAUGAUGAAUCAAUAUUAAGGAAAUGCUUUAAUUGAAAUAUUUAGUACAAACUAAUAGCGAUUUCUUGAUCCAAUUGAAUUGGUCAAUUCUUUUUCUUAUGUUCCUUAGGUUCUUGGAUAUUCAUUUCCGAUAUCAAAUCAGGAAAUUUUUAUUAUGGGAGGUUAUAAUCAAUUUGGAAAUGAUGGAAAUGCUUAGUUAAUUAAUUUGUUUUUGAAAACAAUUUAGAAGAAUAGCAAUGUUAUUUAAAGAAUAUAAAAUGUAAAUUGCACAUAACCGAUUAUUUUCAAGUAAUAAAUUUACCUUUUAAAUUCCGAGGAUAGAAAAAUAGAAUUGAUUUAAAUUAAUGCAGAUACUUUGUAAGUUAAGAACAUAAUUCCAAUAUAAUGA